CUCCAACUUUCUCCACGUCCUCUUCCACGUCCACCACACUCCACGCCAUGCUCCCGUUCUCCACGCUCCUCCUUCGGAGCUACUACGAGGCCAUUGGGUGGAACGAGGACAACCUCUACUCGAACAUUACACGGAGCAGUGCUGCGUUGUUAGACUUUGCGGUGCCCAACUCGCUCAUUUUGCAGCUUGCCAACGCGCCCACGCCCAUCUUCUUCACGAGCUAUGCGCUCGACGCGCUGCCGCAGCUCAACGGCUCGCUGUCGUACAUCACAACCAGCGAGCCCUUGACCAUCGGUCCCAGCCGCACCAUGCCCUUCCGCGACGUCGUCGAGCGCUUCCGCCACUUCCCGGCGCCGCGCCGGCCCGAGGGCAAGCCCGAGCUCUGGCUCGGCGGGCGGCGCAUCGAGGGCCGCGACUUCCUCUUCUACUCCCGCAUGCACCUGCCGACAAUGCACCUCUCCGGGCUGGCAGUCACGCGCCUCGCGCCGACGCUACAAGCGCACGUCGCGUUCGUGCACCAGCCGCAGCGCGUGCGCUUCUCCGCGCCGACGGGUAAGGCGGCUGCCGUCGCGCCGUCGUCGCCGCCGCAGCCGCCACCCAACUUCCUCGUGUCCCUGCAGCACGACACGGGCAUGUACAGCGGCGAGUACACGUACUCUGCCGCAGACGGCAUGUUCGGCGUGCGCGGCCUCUACAACUUUGGGUGGGCGUCGGCGCCAGAGGCGCCGGACGUGCGCGGCCGCUUCUCCGCCGGCGGCGAAGUAUAUCUCUCCGUCAAGCAGCGCAGUGCAGGCAUCUCUACGGGUGUGCGGUAUACCUCGCUCCCAUCGGCGUCGGGCCCGCCGGCGCCGCCGACGACCAUCACGCUGCUGUACAACCCGUUGAUCGGCGCGCUGUCCGCGUCGUAUGCGGCCCAAGUCUCGCCACACGUGAGCAUGGCCACGCGUUUCGGCGUCAACGUCUACAGCUACGAGAGCGACUUUGCGAUCGGCGGCGAGUGGUGGGUCGGCCGGCGCGGGCGGCAGCGCCAGGUCGAGCUGUCGCCAGAGGCGCGGCUGCAGAUUGCGCGGCACGCGGCAAUCGGCGGCCGGCUGCGUGAGGAGCCGGACGAGGUGCGGGCAAGUGCGGGGGGCGUGGGCGGAGCGGGCGCGGGCGCGGUGGGUGGAGUGGGUGAUGAAGCCCAGCUCGAGGCGCAGGCGAGGCGGGACGCGCGCGUCCUCGACGACCCGGACGAGCGGGACGGCGUGCUCAAGGCUCGGUUGAGUGGGAACUGGAGCUUGGCGCUGCUGUACGAGGCGCGGAUACGCAAGUGUCUCGUGUCGGUCGGCCUGGUGUCGGACGUGUUUGGCGGGGCGGGGCGCGCGAUCCGCGGCGUCGGGCUCGAGGUGCAGUACUACUCGUAG